AUGGCGCCAUCAACUGAACUUGGUUUGAACCAUUUCCAGCCGCCGCCAAAAAUUGGAUGUGUGGGCUGGGGAUUGGAAGAGCCUCAAGAACAGCGAGAGUCCUUGCUGCUGGACCUGCCAUCGCCAAAGCAGUGUCGUGAGCGUGAGCAGGAGUCACAUUUGGGCCCACUACAAGGCAUUGAUCACCUGCAGGAGGCUGAGAAGGUGGACCUUGAAGCGCUGAAGGCGCGCGAUCCUGCUUUGAAGGAACUCCUUGAGGAUGACACUUUCGCACUGGCAACACCAGCGGCUAUGUCAGCUUUCGAACUCUACAGGCGCAGUCUAAUAGCUCUAGAUGCAGGCCGCGAGCUGGCACAAAAGGCCUUUCGUGCAGUUGUUCAAGAUAAUGCAGAGGAGUUGCGCCGGCUUUUUGAAACGACGACUUUGCGCUGGGAUGCGGAGAAUGGAGGUGGUCAAUCACUUUUGGAAGUGGCCUUGGAGCGACAGAAGCAUCGGGCUCAAACAGUCCUCCAAGAGAUGAAGCGACGUGACCUGGGCAUGCUUGAAAGUAUGUUGCUGGCAAACUAA